CCAGAGCUGUGGGUGAAACAAUUUCAGAAGCUUGCAUCCACAAGCCCGGAUAGAACCUUUUCGUGCUCGAUAGCGCCAAACGUAGAUAAUUGAUCAAGCGCUGUGCCCAUUACAUGCUAUAAAAUGGAAUCAGCUGCUCGUCCCGUCGCUUGCGAUCAGUCCGUCCUGGACACAAUCGCAGGCUUCUUGAAGACCGCCAUUGAUGUUUACCAAGCCGCGGUCGCUCUGCAUGAUGUCGAUCCCUCGUCCAAGUCAAUGGUUUCAGGCCGUGACUGGACAAAACUUUCCGAUGCCAUAUCGCAUUCCAUCCAACAGAUGCAGAAUCUAGUGCACUCGGCCGAGAUAUCCACGGAACAUCUGAUUUGUGCGUGUAUCAAGAUUGGACAUGAUGUUUCUGUGCAUCUAGACCGUGUCCAGGCAUCAUUUUCAAACCUUGAUGCCGACCAGGUCGAUGCAGCGAAAUUUCAUGUCCUCUGGCCUCGUGAGAAUGUUGAUGCUCUUGGUUGCCGCAUCGCGGACUUCAUACAACGUUGGAAAGAAUUACAAGCACCUGGCAGCCUGGGUAGAGUACAGACCAACUCAGACAUGGAUAACGGCAGUUCGAAUACCACUCGAGCCAGAGCAACUCGAUUAGCUCCCGCCGGUAUUAUCAAUGACUUUCUUCUCGACGCUCUCGCGUACAAAAGUAUGCACGAUCGUGAAGAAGAAGUCACGGAAGCGCACGCCCAGACGCUCGAGUGGAUUUUCGACCAGACUGUCUUGGACGACACCCAUCGCAAGGAUUUCAGCAGCCAGUUCACCUCGUGGCUGAAAACACCAGACCUCGGAUCAAUCUACUGGAUCACCGGUAAACCAGGCUCAGGCAAGUCGACCCUGGUGAGAUUUCUUUCCCAGCAUCCCGUCGCCAUGCACCACCUACGGCAUUGGGCAAUGGGCCGUCCUGUCUGCACAGCAGGUUUCUUCUUUUGGACCAGCGGUUCGCAAGAGCAACGAUCACAGACAGGUCUGUUGCGCUAUCUUCUGCACCAGUUGCUAUCUGCCAACCCAGAUCUCAUGCCUUCGACCUUUCCAGCAUUGUGGGACAAGUUGCGGCACAUGACCACCAAGGAGAGGAUCAAUCUUUCUCUUGAAUGGACUGUGCCCGACUUGAUGGCUGCGUUUCAUUCACUUCUGGAUACUGCUCUGCCGCGGAUGAAUAUUUGCCUCUUCAUUGAUGGGCUUGAUGAGUUUGACGGCGACCACUACAGCAUAGUCGAAUUCUUCAAGGCUAUUUCUGCAGGGGAAAAUGGCCACGCAAUCAAAAUGUGUCUCUCUUCACGCCCAUGGUCAGUCUUUGAAGGCGCGUUCCAAACCAGCGUCCCCAAUGCUCGUCUCCAGGAUCUCACCUACGAAGACAUGCACCGAUACGCCAGAGAUCAGUUACGGCACGAGGCACCCGUUCGAAGGUUGUUCAAACACAACGCCGCUUCGGGGCACGACUUGGUCGAGGCUACAGUGCAACGAGCGGAUGGGGUCUUCCUUUGGGUGAGACUUGCGGUCGAACGGAUGUUGAGGCUCUUCCAGAAAAGCGAUACCAUUGACGAUCUCAAGGCCACACUGGAGAGUUUCCCCAGAGAUCUUGAUGGGUUCUUCAACAAACUAGUCUUCGAGGACCAGACAGAAAUUGAAAUCAUGGGAACGGCAGCCCUGUUUCAGCUUCUGUGUUCACGAGAGGUAGUUGCCGAUUUCAUCAAAGACGAAUCUUCAACUUCCCUUACAGUUUGGGAACUUGCUUUCGCGCUUGACCAAGAGGAUGAUGCACUAGCACUCGAGCGCAGCGUCACGGAAGCCACGGAUCAGGAAAUUGUGACUCGAUGCGAAACAACUGCAAUUCAUGUCCACGCCCGUUUUUCUGGGCUUUUGUCUCUUCACCGGCGCCGGAGGCUAGGUAAUCUUCGCGCCACUAAAUUUGCGGAUGAAAAUCAUCGCGUCGACAAUGCACGAAGCCUCGCAGAACAUAAGGUCACGUACAUUCACCGCACUGUGCGAGACUGGCUGAUGGAUCCCAGCGGUGCAUACGACCGUCUCCACAGCAUACGCGACUCUUUAUUUGAUCCUCAUCUUCGCUUGUUGCGAUCCUAUGUCUUGCGUCUCAAACAUCCGCUUGAAGAGGUCGAGCAUCAUCGCAGACUUGACGAGUGGUAUCCGGAUAUUGCCCUAACCAUGUCUCAUGCGAGAUACAUCGUCAACGACCCGAAGAAUCUGCAACGACCGUUUUUGAACGCUAUGGAAAAGGCGCUCUCCUGGCACUGGUUAGCGAAGCCUUCAGAUUCCUUCGACCACUGGGCUAGGAACACGUUCGGCGCUUACGAAGUGCGCAUGAAGGCUCCUCCGAUCCGGCAUCCCUUUCUUUUCCUAGCAGCCAAGUUUGGUCUGACGACGUAUAUUUUGGAGGAGUUGGAGGAGAACAGCGACUUGGAUAACGGUGUCCUGGAGGAUGAUACCGAUGAUGAAAGGGAACCGACGCCACUCUUGUCGUACGCAACAGAGUUCCUCUGCUCUCGAAACAAGACGAUAUUCCCGCUUUCGGACCCUCAACUCGUGGAGUACCUCCUCAGGCACCCUUCUAAGGUCAAUCCAGGCCCGAAUCACCUAUAUACUGACUUCAACACUCGCGCAUCCACAACUCCUUGGCUGGCGCUACUCUGCCAUCUACGUGAUGCCCGUCGAAGGGACUGGAUCGAGCAUUAUGACAUCAGUGCAGAGGGUACGCAACGCUGGGCGCAUAUUGCACGACUUUUUGUUGAAACAGGGGAGGCCGAUGUGAAUGCUGUGGUGGCGGCAAAUGCCUGGGACCCGGAGAUUACAGCAAUGGGGGUUUUCGAGUUGUUGGAGGAGACGUAUGGAUCGAUGGAAGUACAAAGAAUCAGGACGCUCAUAGUAGAGAAACAGCAGAAGGUUUAAGGU